GGGCUGAGAGAGGAGGCGGCCAGGAGCUCCUGGGGAAGUUUACAAGCCUCAUCCCCCCAGCUCUGCUCCCCGCCGCGCUCGGUCUCCGGGACCCUUCUCCCUCCAGCCCCAGGAUGGGCGGGCUGAGGCCAUGCGGGGGGCGCGAGGCAGCGCUGUGCCAAGGCCAGGCCGGGCCGCCGGCGGCUCCCAAUAAAGUUGUUGUUGAGGCGGAGCCGGGCUGGCACGUGGGCAGAGGCUGGGAGAGGAUCGGGCUGGGCGGCAUGAUCUGCACCGUGCUCUGCUACCUGCUGCUGCCCGCGGCGCGGCUCCUCCGCGUCCUCCGAGAUGCUUUCUUUACGUGUCGAAAGAACGUGCUUCUGGAGAAGAGCCCGACCGCCCAGGUAGGGGGCAUCUCUUCUGUGCCCAGCAGGAGGUCAGUCCCAGAAGAGGAGGAAGCCCUGCUGCAGCAGCAGCUGGAGGAGGAAGCUGGUGGGCUACACAGCAGUGAGACUGCUCCAGCAGUGGGGAAGGUGUCAGCCACACUGACUAGUGACUGGCUGGAAGGCUCGGAAUUAUUGAUGACCAGCCUCAGCAAUUUGGGUGUGGCUUCAGAGGUCACAUGGUGCAGUGAUCAGCAACAUGAUGAGCUACAUACCUUAAUGUCUCUAGGACCAAAGGAACAUGUUGCGGUCACACUGGCAAAAUUACCAGAAGAGGAAAGUGUGGCUAUGGUGGGCAUUGCAGCAUGGUCAGCUGUAAGGACACAGACCGAUCACCAGAUUAGUGGCUGCACCCCUUCAUCCUCCCUUUCCAGGGCUGAAGAUACUGCUGUGCUGGGCUGGAGCUUAGCGCGUGACACAGAGAUAGUGCCAGUGGAGGCCACAGCCUGGCCCUUUUAUGAUACAGGACAAUUCCAGCCUUUUCCAGCAGAGAGAUCUUACCACGAGAUUUUAUGGAGGGACUGGGAGGAGCUCUCUACCCAGCCUGCUGUUCCAGAGCUGGGCUCAGAGAAUGGGCCUCUGUUUGAAUUCCGAGUCAUGUCUUACAACAUUCUGGCCCAGGACCUGGUGGAGCAGAGCCCUGAUCUCUACCUGCAUUGCCAACCAGAUAUCCUGGACUGGAGCUAUCGUCUCCCAAACCUCUUGCAGGAGAUCCAGCACUGGGACCCUGAUGUUCUGUGUCUCCAGGAAGUGCAGGAGAAUCACUACUGGGAACAGCUGGAGCCAACAUUCAGGAUGAUGGGCUUUGUGUGCUUAUACAAACGGAGAACAGGAAAAAAGACAGAUGGCUGCGCAGUUUGCUACAAGCACAGCAGGUUCCAGCUGAUCAGUGCCAGCCCUGUAGAAUACUUCCGGCCUGGCCUGGACAUCCUAAACAGAGACAAUGUGGGUCUGGUGCUGCUGCUGCAACCUCUACUCCCAGAGGGUGUAGGUCAGAAAGCAACAAGCCCCCUGUGUGUGGCUAACACUCAUGUGCUGUAUAAUCCCCGCCGAGGAGAUAUCAAACUUGCACAGAUGGCCUUGCUCCUAGCAGAGGUUGACAAGAUUGCGAAAACUGUUGAUGGCAUCUACUGUCCUGUCAUCUUGUGUGGAGACCUGAACGCUGUGCCUGAUUCUCCAUUGUACAAGUUCAUCCGGAAUGGUCAGCUCUCCUACCAUGGGAUGCCAGCCUGGAAGGUUUCUGGACAGGAAGACUUCUCCCAGCAGCUGCACCAGCGGAAGCUGCAGACCCCACUCUGGCCCAGCAGUCUGGGUAUAACGGAAAACUGUCAAUAUGUCUCUCUUUGCCAGCCAAAGAAAUCAGACAGACGCAAGUACAGCCGGAACUUCCUGCUUCAGUUCCGUUUCUGUGAUGCUGCCUGUGAACGACCUACACAUCUGAUUCUGUGGAAGGGUGUGACAGAUGUUAAACCAGACCGUCCUGCACAUUGGCCCAAGCAUCUCACCAUGGUGAAUGAUCCUGAUCCAGAGCUCUUCUUCCCAAGGUCUCCAGGUGUUAUCCGGCAUGACCUUAAUCUGACUUCUGCCUAUAGUCACUUCUUGCCCCAGAGAGGUCGCCCUGAGGUCACAACCAUGCCCAUGGGCCUUGGAGCUACAGUUGAUUAUAUCUUCUACUCGGCAGAGCCCAUUGAGAAUGGGAACGAAGGGGGUCGCAGGCUAUAUCGAGAUGGAGCCCUGAAGCUGCUUGGCCGCCUCUCCCUGCUCUCCGAAGAUGUCCUGUGGUUGGCAAAUGGCUUACCUAAUCCCUUUUGCUCAUCUGAUCACCUCUGUCUGCUGGCUAGCUUUGGCUUGGAGAUCUCCAGUGCCUGAGAGAUGGGGAUUGUGUGGGUCGAGCUAGACUGAAUGCAGAAUACAGAAAUUGUGCAUUCAGAGCCUCAAUUGGCUCACAGGAAACUUCCUUUCCAUUUCCCCUGCACUCCCCAUGUAACAGGAGCAUGAGGGGGCCAGGGAGGUUGAGCCCUUUCCUGUAUUGCUACUCCAUGGGACUCCAUUACUGGCUGAUGCCCAGUUGUUCUCUGGCUGCACUAGCUCUUAAAGGGACCCGGGCACUUAACUUCCUUACCUAUUUGGUCCUGCUACAUCUGGCAGACAUUCUAGCUGUGAUGUUCUUACACUGCAGGAAUCAACAUGAUUUCUGCUUAUUUACUUGUCUCUGUGUGCCGCUCCUCAGUGAUCUGGGAAAGAGCAGGUGCAGUUUUGAGACUCGUGUGGGCUUUUUUUUUAGUUGGCUUCUUGCUGCCAAACAGCAGGCGGUGCUCCCAAUCAUCAUCUACCACACCAAAAUGGUGAUUCUUUUUAAUUUCCCAGCAACAGUGUAGGGAAUGCAUUCCCCUUGGAUUCACCCAAGCAUCCCUUGUGCCAACUGUAACUUAAGACAGGACUGGGCUUGAUGAUUGCUCAGAAAUGGAAUUGAAGUAGCCUUUACCUAGGGAUACCUAAAGAGAGUUUCUAUCUGGUUCACCCAGGUCUGCACCCAGCACACACAUCAGCAGAGUGAGAGUUUGAAGUUUCAAUAACUUUCUGUAGGGAGCUUUCUAUCGUUAUGAGACCAUUUUACCAAUAAGGUCUGACACAAGGAUCAGUGUGAUAUGGAGGUACUGGUUCUUCAGAACCAUCAUAGAAAGCUCUGGAAUUGCCACAGCAGAAAUCUGAGAUCCUUGGAAAGGCUCCCUCUCUGCCUUCCUGACCAUCUCAGAACAGUUCCUAGUACCUCCCUUGACACCUAUAUGUGAUAGAGAAGGAUUUGCCAAGGCCCUUCCUAAGAGUUUCAUGCAAGAGGAACAGUGGACAGCUCUGGACUGAUAAGAAUGUGAGAGUGCUGAGGGGCUGUGGUCAUAGUUUCUCCCAGAACAAUGCUAAAGAGAGAAGGGUGCCAGAGGAAGUGGAGGAAUAGCUGCUUCCUCUUUCUUUUAGUAGGCACUUCACUGGUCUGCAAAAUAUAGUAGUCAAGGCUCAGGACAGUUCAGAUGUCCUCCUGGCCAAACAUGUUAUUGUGUGUGUGCAUAUUAUUGCCCUGUUCUGGAGUCUACCCUAUAAAGGGAGGUGAGCUGAUAGGAGCUGCUCUUCUGUCUGUGGUUUGGAGCCAAAGCUUCAGUUCUUGGAUCCCAUUGUAGCCUUAUUGUCAUGUGUGUUUUUGAUAUAUUCACCAGUCAGCAGUGGCUCGUUGCUAGUUCUUUUGCGUUUUUUUUGGUGCUGGACCCUGCAGGUCAGAUUCCUCAGCAUGACCUGACUGUUGGUGCUCAGUAUUUAUCAAUGAGUUAUGAGAAGAAUGUUAGCAGAAGAGUUCUCCACCCUUAAACUCCUCUUCUGGGGCUGAGACUGUCUUAGCCAGGUUUUCUGGGGGAAGGAGGGUGAGAAGCUUGAAAUAACUUUAACUGGAUUGUUUUGAAUAAUGCAUUGGAGAGGUUUGUGUUUUUAAUUCUUUAUUUUCUUAAACAUCUUACUUGAAAAAUAAAAUUUUAUAAUUUCAGAAAAAAUGCAUGUAAAAGUGGCUGCUGGGGCUCCUGAGGGCAGAGCCCCUUCUCCUUUAGGGGCCUGAUUACACUUUGGACCAUGAGAUUUUGUUAGCUAGCUGUGUGGAAGAGGGUUUGGGUAGGGUAGGGUGUUAGCUGUGCAAGGAUCAUGGCAAGAAGUGGGGAGAGGUUGGGCCUAGCUGAUAAUCUGUGUAAACUAGGCAUUCACAUCAAACAGGCCACCAAAAGCCCCAACCCCUGAUGCCAUUCUGGCAUAGCUCAUUUGAACUGUUCUAAAACAGCUUCUAAAACUUGAGCUUCUAAAACGUGAGCUUAACCCACGAACCUUUCUUCUGAAAGUAGGAGACGCUAUUGCUGGUUCCUAGAGCCUAUGUCCAACCUUCAGGUUGUCUCGGCAGCCAGACCUCCGUUAUUGGGCUCCCAUGUUAUCUUUACAGAGGGGUAAGAGAGAACUGUACUUGUAUGUCCUUUUCCUCUCACCCCAUUCUGUUGGGAGUGAUGUUUGAUUACCUGUGGGUGACUGGACCCAUUAUUAUCCUGAUGUGGGAAGUGGGUGAGUAGGAUUCUAUUGUCCAUUUGUGUGCGAGCUGUCCAGAAAUCUGUUGUGUGGGAGUAGGAUUGUAGGGGCAGAUCCACAAAAGGACUUAGGCACUUGAGUCCCAGUUUUAGGCACCACUGCAGUCCAUAAUGUCCCCACUCAGCUGCCGCCUACACUCAGUGCUUAAACUUCCAUUGAAGAAGUUUCCCAGGUACCUGUUUCUGCCACUGGGCCUGUGAACUACUGCCUCAUUGUCUCACUCCUAAGUGCAGUGCAAUCCACAUUGAGGAAGUGUGUCCUAACCACUGAACUAUGAGAGAUCGCAUCAGAAUAGCCCAAUCUCUCCGAUUGAAGCCGGUCCACUUUAAUUAAAUAUGGAUUGGGCCAGAGAGAGUGAGAAUCAUUCCAUAGUCCAGAGGCCAUGGCACUUACCUGAGAGGUGGAAGAUCUCUGUUCAGAUCCCUUCUCAUAAGACAAAGGAGGAAAUUGAACCAGGGUCUGCAACAUCCUAGGUCAGUACCCUGACCACUGGGAUAAAAAUUACAAGGGAGCCUGGGGCUGCCAGCCUCCUCCUCUUUCCCUUUUCCUCCCCAGCUGUUUUUUGCAGAGUUAGAUACCCACUUCACUCAUUCUCACAAGAAACAGCUUAGGCACCUAGGCUACCUGACUCCAGGAGAGGGGUUCCCAGCUGUGGAUUACAGGCAGAGCUAGGUGCCUCCCUGCAGCUGGGAUUUAGGUGCCAAACUCUGUGAGAGGGGAAGUCCUUAGGACACACCUUCCUCAUCAGCAUCUCCCAUUGGCUGCCUUAGGCAGCUCCUUGCAGUAGCUUGCUGGCUUUUGUGGAUCAAUUCUUAGGUGUCACACUCCCUGUUCAUUGUAUAUGGUGCUUGACUCAGGGUUUGUGGAUCCCAUUGUUCCAGUGAUUUUCUAGAUGUCUAAAAGUUAAGUGUUGCAACAAUCUUAAGUCCCUUUGUUGGUCUAGGCCAGGGGUUCUCAAACGGGGUUGUGACACCUCAGGGGGUCACAGCUGUCAGCCUCCCACCCCCAAACCCUGCUUCACCUCCAGCAUUUAUUAUAAUGUUAAAUAUAAAAAAAAGUAGUUUUAGCUAUAAGGGGGUCACACUCAGAGGCUUGCUGUGUGAAAGGGGUCACCACUACAAAUGUUUGAGAACCACUGGUCUAGGCCAUAGUUGCAGUCAUUCUUGUAUGUUUAUAAAGUACCUCUUUCCCCAACUUAUAUUGGUUUUGGGGUGGCAUUGUUUGGUGGGGUAAAGGUAAUUGUGCAAAAGUUCCCAUCUAACGAUUGCAUUAAUUGCUGUAAUACUUUUAUUUUAACUUCUUUAUAACGGGGGUUUCUGUAUUCACAAACAAACAAAUCCAUAUAAUCCUUUGCCUGUGAGCUUCUAUUCCUAUGCCUGAUUGGCUCAACAUAGUCACGGCUGGAAAUACACAAAAGGGGAAAGACUGAAAGUUGGUACUUAGGGAGAAACCCACUGGAAAACUUAAGGCAUUCAAAACUAAUGCAACUAAGUGCAAAGUAUUGGGUAAUCACAGCUAAAACUAAGGUUGCAGAGCUUAACUUCAAAGACACUGGCUUAGAGUCUAAUAGGUAAGUUACACAAGUAUAUAUCUGGAGUAAUUCCAUUGACUUCAAUGAACUCUGGAAAUCCAAAUUUUAACCAGUGUAACUGAUGUAAGAAUCUAACCAACUAUUUAAACAACUUAAUCUUUUUUUAAACAAAAAAGUUAUAAUCACACUGAACUGUUUCUAAAGCUGGUCACAACCCAAGGGGGACUUUUCAAAUUUUGAGGCAAAAAGGUGUGUUCUUGUGCAGCCUUCUUUGUAUAGCUCUAAUGCUGAAAUGGCUGAAGGUAGAAAGUUUAAAUUUGGCAUAGAAGUAACCCUCCUUGAGAAAUGCUUUUGUGUGUUCUGCUGAAAAUAUCACUUAGUGCAGUUGCAGUGCAAAUGAAUCUUUUUUUUACAAAAAAUCACCAACACUUGGAAAGAUUAGGGUGCCCGGUAUGUUGAAUGAGGUGGGUUGAGUCCUGUUUCAUUCACUGCAUAUUAAAGUGUCAAGGGAGCUGCAGAUUUUCUGUUCCCUCCCCUUCAGAGCUUGACUUUCACAGGGAGUCUCCGACAGUACACAGGGGAGAGAGGACUUUGUGGGAACCUCACUGAGUGUGCACCAUGGGUGGGACAGUAUUCUAUUGGGGUCCCAGCCAAAUUGUAGCAGAUUCUGGAUGGCUUUUAUUCUUCGCCACCCCCCAUAAGUGGGGGGGAGGAGAGGGGGAAAAACUUGGAAAUUCAAUUAAAAAACCUAAGGUUUCACAACUCAGUACUCAAGUCAGAAAAGACCAAAGCUGAAACCACAGGUGCAGCCUUAACUCUGGCGUCUAUGCGUUUCCAUGCGUUUUUUUAAAAGGAUGUAGUCCUGUAGUAUUUCUGAAAUAAUACCAGACAAUUUAUCUUCUACAACCUUGAAUAUAAAUGAUGUAUGGAUUCUGGAUGUGUAUAAAACAUGUAUUAAAUUAUAUAUAGUGUCACUAGAAGACAAAACUUGUGGGUUGGGGGAAUAGCAUAAUAUGGUAUUAUUUGAGAAUAGCAUGUGGGGAGAUAAUUAAAGAUUGUGUCAUAAUGAGUAGUUUGCAGCAGCACAUGAUUAAGGUUGCAUAUGUGGCCUUAACUUAAGCACUUCCUGACCCAAAUGUUAACCAGGCAACGUUAACACUUGCUCUGCAUAGUUUUUUGCUGAAUUAUGAAUGGGCCUGGAAUCCAAACUAUGGAAACAAAACUAUGGGGGGAAGUAGAAGGGUAAGAAUAUCUUUUAUUUGUUGAAAGUGAGGGGAGGGAGUAAAUGGUGAGGGAAUCAAGAGAGUUCUGCUGUCAUCCUCUGAUGGCCUGCAGUGCUGAAGAGGCUCAGGGCCCUUUUAUCUCUGAAGACUAGAGAGUUUUGGGUGAGUGUGCAUGUUGCUUGUUAUCAGCUAGUUCGUCUGGGCCAGGGAGGCAUGUUUAUGGUAGCUGACUGCAUUUGCUAGAUGACAAUUCAGAUUGUACAGCAGCUUUUAGCAUACUCUUACCAUCAAAAUGGGACAUGUUCAGAGCUGGAUUCUUUCACCUCCCCCAAAACCCAAGUCACUUAUCCCUUCACCAUUUAGUAAAUGAUAUGCCUUCCAAACCAGCUGCCACGCUCACAUUACUUUUGAAAGAGAGAGACAAUAUAAAAGGAAAAGGAGAGAAAUUUGGAACUAUUAAAUGAGCUCUGGCUCAUGCUUGGGAUCUUUCAUUCUCUAUCCCUCUUCUUUUAGGAAUCUGGCCUAGCGAUAGCUUUCACAGGUGUUGACAGGACUGCCAGGUCCUGUCAGGACAAUGGUAUAUUUCUGCAGCAACUGGAUUUAAGCAGUUAGAAAUUAUGGGAGUGUUCUUGAGUUCAUAAGAAGUUCCUAGGUUAUUGGCAUAAUGAGUCUCUUAAGGUACUCAGAGAUAUCAGGGCCAUGUCUACAAGCAAAUAUUGUAACAACUCUAAACCCCAUACUUGAUUUCUUUGUUAAGAGGAGAAGAGGAACAUAAAGUGGUGAGCAAAUGCGAAGGAACUCUGGAAACAAAAGGAAAUGACACAUACAC